UCAACACCGUAACUAUCAACUCAAUUCAAAAUAAGCAGUUUAUUCAAAGUUUAUUGUAUGUAGGAUUGGAUACAUGUUUCUCUUAUACUUGCUGUUGUUCUUUUAUCUCUACAGUCAAGCCACAAGAGACCGGGCCUCUAAAGUGCAACUCUGGUAAAGCUUCAACGAUUGACAGCAAAGAUGUCUUGUGUCAGUUGCCUCAAGUUCCUUCUGUUUUUCUUCAAUGGCAUAAUUUUUUUGGCCGGAGCAGGGAUCCUGGCAGUGGGCAUCUGGGUGAAGGUGGAUAGUGGUUCGAUCUUCAGUUUUCUGGAGAAUAUCCCAAAUGCCCCGUCCGAGUUGGGCCAGGUGAUGAAUGUGGGCUACCUGCUCAUAGCACUAGGGGGCCUGCUGCUUAUCAUUGGCUUCCUAGGCUGUUGUGGAGCCAUGCGAGAGAGCAAGUGCAUGCUGCUGCUGUUCUUCAUUAUAGUGAUGCUGAUCUUCUUGGCUGAAGUUGCAGGAGCCAUAGUGCUGUUGGUGUUCAGACCACUGGUGGACAGUUUGCUUGUAAAGUUUGGACAUGUAGCAGUUGAGAGUAUAAAGACAGACUAUGGGAAGAACCCUGACAUCACAGGACUAUGGAACACCACUAUGACCACAUUAAAAUGUUGUGGAUUCAACAACUACACAGACUUCACCAACUCAUCCUACCACCUGGAGAAUGGAUAUCCUCCAAUGUGCUGCCAGGGUGAUGGACCUCCUUGUGGCAACAACACGGCAGUAGCACCAGUGUCUGGCUGCUUUUUAAGGAUUAAAGAGCUGAUAGAUGACAACAGUGCGGUUAUCAUUGGAGUGGCUCUGGGAAUAGCAGCUUUAGAGCUGGCAGCUAUGGUUGCCUCCAUGAGCCUUUUCUGUAGAAUCAAGUCAGCCUGAAGCAAAUCCACCUCCUCACCGAAACUGAUCCAGAUACUACCUUAUGGACUGUUUUUAAAGAGUACUACCCACAAUGUGACUGUUUCUGUUUUUUAAGAUGUAAAUACAGAGUCCCUGAAUGACAACUCCAAACAACAGUUUGUAAAAACAAAUAGUAAAAUCCAAAAGCAAACAGACAUGUGCUGCUCUCCAUCAGCAAUUCUCUCUAAUCUUUAGGCUUACUUCAAGAUCAUGUCCACUCAGUUAUACUGUACAUACUGACAUGUUUUCAAAGUGAAAGGCAAUGCAUUA